GGUGUUGCCUCCAAGUGGCCAUAUUGAAAGGAGUGUGAGUCGGUCCGUGUUCAAUGUGGAGAGCAGUUCUGGCUGAAGACGGAUAAUUCCUGCACACAGCCACUUCUGACGAUGGCGGCCAACGAGGUAGAUGUUUUCGCACAUGAAGAAAAGCGAAACCUGGAGCUCGGAGGUCAUGUGGGGUUUGACAGUCUCCCAGAUCAGCUGGUCAGUAAAUCAGUUGCACAAGGAUUCAGCUUCAACAUCCUCUGCGUAGGUGAAACAGGGAUAGGCAAGUCAACAUUGAUGAACACUCUUUUCAAUACAACAUUUGAAAAUGAGGAAGCUAGCCACUAUCAGAGUGACGUACAGCUACGCCCACAAACCUAUGAUCUGCAGGAGAGCAACGUGAACCUCAAGCUGACCAUUGUGCACACUGUAGGGUUCGGAGACCAGAUCAACAAAAGACAAAGCUAUAAACCCAUUCUUGAGUACAUUGAUACCCAGUUUGAGAGGUAUCUUGAGGAGGAGCUAAAAAUAAAGCGCUCCUUGUUUAACUGCCAUGACACAAGAAUCCACAUCUGCCUGUAUUUCAUCGCUCCCACCGGACACUCCCUAAAGUCUCUGGAUCUCGUCACAAUGAAGAAACUGGACAGCAAGGUGAACAUCAUCCCGGUUAUUGCAAAGGCAGACACGGUAUCCAAGAGCGAACUGGACAAAUUAAAGAUCAAGAUAAUGAGCGAGCUGGUCAGUAAUGGAGUGCAGAUUUAUCAGUUCCCGACAGAGGAUGAAGCUGUUGCAGAGAUCAACACCUCCAUGAAUACUCAUCUUCCCUUUGCUGUGGUUGGAAGUGUAGAAGACGUUAAAGUGGGAAAUAAGAUGGUGAAAGCCAGGCUGUAUCCCUGGGGAUCAGUACAGGUGGAAAAUGAAAACCAUUGUGAUUUUGUGAAGCUGAGGGAGAUGCUACUGCGCGUGAACUUGGAGGAUCUCCGAGAGCAAACACACGCUCGACACUAUGAGCUCUACCGUCGCUGCAAGCUAGAAGAGAUGGGCUUCAAGGACACAGACCCGGACAGCCAGUCGUUCAGCCUUCAGGAGACAUACGAAGCCAAGAGGAAGGAGUUCCUUGUGGAUCUGCAGCGCAAAGAGGAAGAAAUGAGACAGAUGUUUGUAAACAAAGUGAAGGAGACAGAAGCAGAGCUGAAAGAAAAGGAAAAAGAGCUCCAUGAGAGAUUUGAGCAGCUGAAGCGGAUGCACCAGGACGAAAAGAGGAAUCUUGAGGAGAAAAGACGAGACCUGGAGGAGGAGAUGAAUGCCUUCAAUAGAAGAAAGGUUGCAGCUGAGACACUGAUGGGACAGGCACUCCAAGGUUGCUCACAACAACCAUUCAAGAAGGACAAGGACAAGAAGAACUUCUUUAGUCUUCCAUCUGCGUGCUCCUUAACCUCAGGAAGGAAUUUGAAUUAGAAGACUUUCUACCACAUCAAAAGAUCACAGACUAACAAUAAAGUGUGUUAUUUUUUACAAUUUUAUAGAAAUGCACUUAACCCUUGGAAGUGAUUCAGCCUGAAGUCUUCCAUGUCUACUAAACUGUUCUUUAAUCUUCUAAGCAGCGCUCUGUAGCAUGGUCUCAGCAUUGCAUGGCUCAUAACCUUCAUUCCUAAAAGUGUUAAUGAUCAUUGCCAAAAUCUCAGUUUUUGUAUUGUAUGUGCUACCUUCAUUUAUCUGCCGUGUUAUGCUUGUAGUUUUUGACUGAUGACAGUUUACACUGUGAAAUAUAUAUAUUAUAAAGUGACAUAUUGCUGUUAAAUGUUAUACGGAUCAUUAUAUUAUGAUUUAUAAGCACUUUAAAUCAGUCAUAGUACAAGUACUAUCUUUAAUCAUUUAAACAGUGCCCUGUCAUGCUACCAUGCCAGUCCUUAUGUUGUGUGAAAAAGAUCUAGUUGGAAAUAUGUCAUAGUUAACUGCAAAAACUAUAUAUACUGUUAUUACAUGAAAAAAGCCUGGAUGCAUAUACAUUCAGGAUUAAAUAUCUUUAAAUCAGUAGAUCUAUAUGGUGGGUUUGCAGAUUUGUAUAUCCUGAUGUAAUAAAGACAUACUUUAUUGAAA